CAUUACAUGUAAAUAUAUUAUAAGUAGAUUGUUUUCAUGCAACAGUUUGGAAGCAAAAAUCAUUACUGCAGGUAUGAACUGUAUAUUGGCUGGCUUGUUCAUGUAUAUGUCUGAGUAUCAAGGAAUGAUCUUAAACUGCAAUUUUUGCAAUUAAAAAACAUUGCAACAAGCUGGCAGCAAAACAUGUAGUAUUCCAGGUGAAGCUCAUGCUCCGAGUGCCUAUUUCAUCCAGGAAUGUAACUGGGAUUAUCAGUGCACCCUCCACCCAACCUCUAGGGUUAUUGGUCCCUUUGAGUGAAUUUCAAUGAAAAAAUCCCUUGGGAAUGAUUGAGGGAGCACAAGCUCUUUCCCUCUGACUGAUUCCCUGUUGAUUUAAGCCAGUCUUGUUUGAAACGCACUAUGAAACAGGAUACAUGGACCUGAAACAAAACCCUCUGAAAAAAUUGAGACAUCAAGAGAUACUCCCCAAGACAGGUGUCCUAAUGUAAAGUUGCAACAACCCUCCAUACUUGUGUGUGCCAACCUUGUACUUCACCUUUCAAAAACACCCAAAUUCUACUCAAUCAAUUGUUAUUUUUUUGCUGCUGUCAAUAAUUUAAGUGGGUCCUGUUAUGUGACAUCUGAUGUGUGGGUUGUGAUUGGAAUUACUUGAUCCAUUUUGAUUGCUAAUCUUUUUUCAAGAUUCCUAAAAUGUUGGCAUAUUUAUGACUGAUUGCAGCUCAGCAAACACUCAGUCAUCAGCUAGGUUUUGAACGUUUGAGAUCACAUGUCAUGAUCAGUAGCACGCUUGUCACGCGCUAAUGGAAAAAUCACGGAUUUGCUUGAAUCUUUUAAGAAUUUCUCGGCGCACAAUGAUCAGAUCUGCUUGAGACUUUCCAAAAGUGUUACACAUGUGUUGAAGAUGGUUUUGGACUAAAUAGAAGUAGAAUAAAGGAUUUUUGAAAAAAUAUAAUCGGAGCCGAAUUGUUAAGUUAGCGACAAAAACAUGGCGUCACGCGUAACGUGCGUGGGCUUCACUGUUGACUGUUUUCUUGUUUUUGCCAACUUAAGUUUCAUUUAUAACCGUAAGACUUCACAGAUGAUGGAAAAGGUUCCUUUUUAAGCAAAAUGGCAAACAAAAGCCUGAAAAUUGGUGCUAAAUCUUCCUUAAAAUCAACAAAAGUGUUCACCAUAUGAUGCAUCACGCUUCAAGCUUGGGAGACACAGGUAAUUUUCAAUUCAUUGUGCGAGCUAUAAUUCCUGAGUUACAGAACAAUUUAACCUCAAAAUGUAAUGCUCAUAAGUUGCUUUUCACUUUCCUUCCGCCUUUGUGUUUAUAUCGAAACGUUGCCGAGAUUUGAAUUUUUUUCUGCGUUCUAAACAGUUGGCAAGCGGUGUGAUCUGGCGUGCAAUAAUUCUGAUCAUUAAAUUUCCCAGUCGCAUUGUUUACGACAAGUGCGCUGGAGCGUGUCAAUGUUGACAUAAUCAAAAUGCUCAAAUGACAAGCUAAAUUUUGGUACCAAAAUCGAUUGAAUCUGUUAAAAGCUGACGAAAAUAUUGGCUAUAAAGUUUGUUCGAAACAUAAGGUCGACAAUUUUGAUCCUGAGGAAGGUAAGCGAUCGAAUUUCGAGCAAAGACAAGCGCAACGCUCUGGCCAUUUUGGUAGCUUCCAUUCCUUCCAAAUCAUCCUACAGUCUACAGAAUCGAUAAGCAUUGUUUUAGAUUUCCUUAUUAGGAAGUAAAAUAUUUCAUCAGGUAAGGAAAUGAGCGGGAAAGUCCCUGAGCACAUGCCGCUUGUUUCAAGCACGUAGUCAAGUACUGUGUUGUUCGCAAGCACAAGGCCGUAAAAUUGAAUGCAAAGAUUAUGGAUUCUGGAGUUUCUAGGAUUCAGAUGUGGCAAGAACAAAAGAAGAAGGAAAGACAAGAGAAAAGAAGAGCACCGAGAGGAAAUUAUUCAAAAGGUCGUGGAAGCCAGAAAGAAAAGUCGAGAAGCCAACUACAGUAUGUUCCAAUCAAAGACGCCACAAAGAAACGUCGGCGCGAACAAAACCAGCAGAAGUUAGCUUCAGAAAAUAAAGGAAAACUUGAGAGAGAGAAAGAUGGCUAGAGAACGAAGUAAGCGAUACCAUCAAAAAAAGAAAGACCAAAAUACGCAGGUUCAAGCGGCGGAAGCCGCACGGAUCGAAGUUACUGGUACGCCGUUCCCAAACAGGAUGGCCAAGAAACGUGCCAUUGGACGAGCUAAGAAGGGUCUCCCAGAUACCCCGGAGAAGAAAGCAGAAAUAAUGGCAGCUAUAUCAAAAAGUCCACGGACGAGGAAAGUGCUCGAGAAACACGGAUUAAUAAAAACGCCAGAAGAGGAGAAAGAAGUGAUUGCACUAAAAGCGCUUGCUGGUGAUCUCACCUAAGGCCUUAAAGCCGUCAAAAAUGACAAGUCAAACAAAGGAAGAGCUGCACUUGGAGCGGCAAAAUCACUUUCUUUUGGUGAAAAUGUUAAAAAGAGUAGAAGCCAGAAGACACUUUCGAAGCUCAUAGCCUUAGAUAGAAGAAGCAUCAAGUCGGGAAUUGAGAAACGCGAAAUGAUCUUGAAAGGUGAAGAGCCAAGCUGGCUUGAAACCAAACGAAAAACCAGGCGGGAUGCAGUCACUGAAGAAACCAAAGAGGUUGUUUAUGAUUAUUGGAAAAUGGUGGCAAGUAGACCGACAGGAAACAAGAAAGACUUGAUAAGAAAAUGAGUUGGAGUGAAAACGUGGGUUGAACAUCCGAAACACGUGCUUGAAAAAACCCAAACGGAAGCUUACGUUGAGUUUGCGUCAAUGCACCCAGAGAUAAAGAUAUCUCAGCGAAAAUUUGAAAACCUGAAGCUUUAUUUUGUUAGGGGAGCAAGGGAACGAGAUAGACAGACCUGCAUGUGUCGCCAGCACGUUGAACUUCAAAUUGUCUUCAAAGACUGCAUGAAGUUUAGGAAGAGAGUGAUCGAUGAAAGCAGAGAAGCUAAUCAAGCAGUUACAGAAGUGUAUACCUCAGUUGGAAAUAUUAUUGAACAAACACUUUGCCCCAAACCUGAAGACCAAGACUAUCAUAAAUUGAAAUGCUUGAAAAGGGAGUGCAGAGACUGUGGAGUUCACAACUUGGUUUUGCUGCCAGAGGAGAAAGGUGUUGGCAAUCACAAAGUGAAAUGGAAGCGGUACGACUAUGUGUCAACUGGAAAACUUACCACUGAAGGAAAAGACAUGAAAAAAAUAGCCCUUGUUGAGAAGUGCACAGGACCAAAGGAACUGUUCGAUUAUUUCAUUCAGCUUUUAGGACAGUUUCCUUACCAUUCCUUUCUUGCUAAAUGGCAAAGGGAACAGCUAGAUUCUCUUCUUGAAAACCUUCCUCUUGAUCAAGCCGUGUGCAUCCAUGACUAUUCUGAGGGUUAUGCCUGUCGGUUUCAAGAUGAAAUCCAGUCCCAAUACUUUGAUGUAAACAAAGUAAGUCUUCAUGUAACAAUUCUUUACAGGCAUUCAAAUGCUGAGGUGGAUGGUGUCCAGAGCACAGAAGAGGAACCAGCAAUUUGUAAGGAGCAUUUGUUUGUAAUCUCUGAUGACGUCACCCAGGAUCAUGACUCUGUCCUUCACAUCCAGAAGUUAAUUUCAAAGCAUUUAGAAGAAUCCAACUGCACCAUUAAGAAAAUGCAUGAAUUCACAGAUGGAUGUGCAGGACAGUACAAGAGCCGGCACUGUUAUGGUGACCUAUCCCUGGCAACUCUUGGAUACACAGUCCAGCAAAACUACUUUGCCACCUCCCAUGCAAAGGGAGAACAAGAUGCAGCUGGCUCCCAUGUCAAACAGAAGGCGACCUCAGCAGUUCUCUCCAGGAAAGUCACACUAUCAAACGCAAAAGAUCUUUGUAACUUUCUGAAAGAGAACUUCUCUGAACCAGCUGUUUCCUCAUUUCCUCCUUGGCAGAAGUCAGUGCAGUUAAAGCGGCGUGUCUUCUUCUAUUUGCCUUCUAGUGGAGAACUGAGUGUUGCACGUAACAGGGAAGGUGGAAGAUUCUGCACUGUCAAAGGCAUCCGACAACUACACUCUGUAAGGACUUGCAGUGAACAGCUAAAAGUCUUCACGAGGGAAAGAUCUUGUUACUGCCAUGGUUGCAUUGUUGAGAAUUUUGACAGCUGUGAAAAUAAGGAAUGGGUGGGCAACUGGAAGGAGAUUGUUCUGUCAAGAGAGCCCUCAGGUGUCAUGACCAGAACAACUGAAGAUGCAAGCACCAUUGAACAUUCAGUUCAAGUUGCUGACCUGGCAAUGAAAGACAGUAUUGUGGCUGUGGCAGCUGAAGAGGACAGCCACUAUGAUUACUACCUCCUUAAAGUUACUAGCAGUGGAGUCAUUUCCCUUCAAGAAAACUUUGAGGAUCCUUAUAGUGGAAGCAUUUAUUCCAAAGGACAGGCUGUUCUUCUCGGAAAGUUCUUUUUAAGGGAGAACAUUAUUGAUUGCACAUACAAACUAGAUGAUAAGGUGGCAGGAGUAUUCCCAGGAACUGUGCGGUACAUUUGUGGACCACUUGUGUCAAAGCGAAGGAGGGGAAGGCCAAUUUAUCAAGUUCCAUUGGAUGAACAUGAACAAAUUCUGGCAUCCCUUUAACUGUUUUUGUCUUUAGUAGCUUGUAAUUAACAUUUUUUGCCAAAAUGUUCCUUAAAUACGGUAUUUAUGCAUUUUUUACAAAAAAGGGCGUGGCCGCAUUGCAUCAUGGGUAAUAGAAAAUUAGCUUAAAAUGCAUCUGAAUUGACUGAAAUGACAUAAUUUCAAGAUAGGAACCAAUUUCCUUCACUUUCUGACUUAUUUCUAACAAGAAAUGAUUCUUAAAUAAAUUUUUCAAUUUUACCCCAAUGUUACACCUUUGUACAUCAGAACUGUGCUACUGAUCCAUGGAAAAUCAUGCAUUCAGUAGGUACUGUAAAACAGCACAGACUGACUGAUUAUAAAUUCAACAUUUCGGGCUGUAUUCUGCUAUGAUUAGUUAUUUCUAUUUAAUGAAGUAAUAAAUUUAUGCUCUUAAUUUAUUGUAAACAAAAUAAUAAUGGCUCACAUU